GACUGAAGCAUUAGAAGGAGGAUAAAGCGAGAAAAAAGGGCAGAGAAACACAUCAUUAUACCGCAAAUGAGCAAGAGGCCGCUGAAUGAAUAACAAGGAAGGGAUUACAAAGCUCCUGGCCGAGGAAAAGGAGAAACGCCAGGUUUACUAGGAGGAGAGGGCAGCAGACGCCGGCUGACCUCUCCCCUCCUGACACCCUGCAGGGGCCGCGGAGCCGGAGCCGGGAGCAGUCUGAUGACCAACUUUAACCUCUUAAACCCAACCACCUUCGUUGCUCAGUGACCUCUGAUUCUUCCUGUCAUGUUUGGAUUAAAGAGUCCACGCUUCUACCUGCCAGGUAUGAACCAUGAGUCCAACAAGUCACCGCCAAUAGGAAUGAUCACCACGGCGACCCGCACCACCGCCACCGUUAGCCCCAUCAGCCCACUAACCAAUGGGAACACGGUUCAGUCCGGAAACUCUGGCUUUGCUGCUGCCCUCCGUAAACUGGCCAAACAGGCGGAAGAUCCAAGAGGUUCUGCCGUCAGCAGCGAAUCAUCCCCGGUGUCUUCCCCGGCAACCAGCCACAGUUCACCGGUCUCAACCCCGAAGCGGGUUUCCCUAGGGCCCAUUCUGGCCCAUUCAAGGGGCCACAGCGUUCCCAGCACCCCUCCAGUGGUCACCAUUGCUCCCACCAAGACCAGCAACGGCCUGUGGAGGGCUGGACAGAGUCAAACUGAUCGGGAUCACUCCCAACAGGACAAGAGGACCCCCCCGACCCCUUCGUCUCACACACUGGCACACAGUUUUGGUCUCUCGCCCAGCGCCGUCAUGCAGGACCCCAGAAUACAGAGCCUCAGCUUACCUGGGCAGUUGCACCCAGUGGUUCCCUCCGGGGCCAUACCUGAAGAGUACCUGCGAGCGCUCCGGCCGUUCGCGACCUCAGAUGACCUCAGACUGACCUCAGUGCCCUUGAGUCUGGACCCCGCUGCUGCUGCCCACGCGGCAGCAGCCGCUGCUUACUACCACCCGGCCUACCUGCACCAUCCUCUGUCUCUGCCCAGGAUGGAGGAAUCUCUGUGUCUGUCAGCGCUUCGCUCGCAGUUCUACUCAGUGCCUGCGGGGGGCAGCUUCCCUCCAAUCCACCCCUCUGCCCUCCACUUGCACCUGCCUGGCUCUCGAUACCCUGGAGAAUUGAACCACACGGCGCUGGCUGAAAGGCUACAGAUGGAGAACGAGCUCCGCCAGCGUGAGCAAGAGCGUGAACGAGAGAAAGAAAGGGAGGCAGGGCUGGAACGAGAGAGGGAGCGGGAGAGAGAGGAGGAGAGGGAGAGAGAGCUGGACAGGCAGAAAGAGAGGCAGAGGGAGAGACAGCAGCAGAUGGUGCGAGCCGCCGAAAGCCACUACCUGGCAGAGCUGCAGGCGAGGAGGGCACCACUGGAGGACAGGCCCAGACCAGGAGAGAGGCUGACCCCGAGCAGGCUGGACAAAGCCAAGGACCUGGAGCACUCUGGAUUCCAGCCACAUAAAACCCUGGCAGUGAAGCCCGGCCUCCACCCACCCCGAGGCUCCGUCCCUCAUCCCAUGCCCAGUCUGGUGCCCUCUCACCUGGGGAAGCAUCACGCUGUGGCUGGGAGUGGCUUCCAUGGAGCUCUAGCUGCUGCCAUGAUGACUAAGAGAGCCGGUGAGGAGCACUGGUUGGCCCCGCAGCGAGGUCAAGGACAGGAGAUGGAGAGUCUCGGAGGGGAGUCCAGAAGAGAGAGUCACAGCAGAACUAGUUUAGCUCAUCAGAACUCGGGGAGCAAAGACGCGACUCCACGUAUCGGCGCCCCUCCUCCCCUCAUCUCCCCGAAAACGCCGCAUCAACCAGCUCCUCCCACUACACUGUGGAAUCCCGCUUCUCUUCUGGACACUCCGACUGAAUCGCGUCGGAAAAUGACUCCUCCCAUUCGUCCUCCCCCGGGUUUGACCCGGACAGACAGAACGCCACUGAGCUGGGGGGAGAAGCUGGAGGAGGGCGGCAGGAGGAGAGCAGACAGCUCAGAGAAGUGUCCUCCGCUGAUAGGAGGGAGUCUCGUGGAGGCAAGCGCCCGCAUCAAAGCAGAGCAGGACAGAGGUUUCCCACAUCUCUACCAGCAACACUUCUUCAACCUGACGCAGAAGUCGCCUCCUGUCCGAGAGACCAAAGCUGCUGACAGCAUGCUGGUGUUCGAUGACGUUCUCCAGCAGCACCGCAGACUGGUCAGCAAACUGGACCUUGAGGAGAAGAGGAGGAAGGAGGCCAGAGAAGGAGGUUACUACUACGACCUCAAUGACUCGUACGAUGAGAGCGAUGAGGAGGAGGUGAAAGCCCACCUGCGGAGAGUGACUGAGCAGCCUCCACUCAAGCUAGACACCACCUCAGAGAAAAUGGAGUUCCUCCGUCUGUGUGGCCUUGGCACCCUGGCUCAACGCGACGACCUUCUGGAGAGGAAGAAAAGGAAGAGGAGGAGGAUGAUGCGAGAGAGAAGCCCAUCUCCUCAAGAGAAGAAGAAGGUUUCCCGUCCAACACCCGCCGCUCGCUUGACCACUCCGUUUACAGCCGACGAGAUGGACAACACGCCUGAGCUGGAGGCGAAGAAAGACUUCCUCCAAAUGUUCAGUCUGUCGCAUGUUAGCCCCCAGCAGAGGAGAGGGAAGGAAAGGACUGAGGAGCUUCUGAAGGCCAUCCAGAAGAAGACUGUAACACUGGACACACUUCGAUACAACUCUGCACCUCUAUGUCGCACCCCUCCUGCUGCUAUCACGUCAAACGGUGACUCCCCUGCCCCUCCUUCCAGCGAGCAUCAAGGCAGUGACUCGCACAGCCCGUCCCCUCCUCUCAAGCCCAAACUUCUGCACCACAACGGCUCCUUCAAACAGUCCAGCUGCAAACCUCCACCGCUGUCUUCACAUCAGGAGAAGGCUCUGAACAAAAAGACGGUCCAGAACGGUUUGGCUCAUGUUCAGAAGAAAGAGCCAAGCUCUGUGCUGAACGGCCGCAGUCGUCCCUGGGAGAGGUUCACACCGGAGGCCUUCGCUCAACACUUCCACCAGGCGGUGCUGCAUUCCACUCACCACACACUGGAACACAAAGGUGUGUCACCCUCUUUGACAGACAUCAAAUCUGAAGAUUCCGGAUCACGGACCGUGUCUCCACCAAAGCCUCACCAGGUCCCGCUGAGUCCCCAUCUGAACGGUCACCAUUCUCCUCGGACGAGCCGCAACCCUGCUGCGCCGCAGGAGCAGCUGUCUGAGGACGAAGAUGAAGAGGAGUCUGGCCCUGAGGAAGAGGAGGAGGAAGAUGAGGUGGAGGCGCCUCAGAGGAAGUGGUCGGGAAUUGAGGCCGUUUUUCACGCGUACCAGGAGCACAUGGAUGAGUGGAGCAUUGAGCGGCAGGUUCUCCACAGUCAGUGUAAAAGGCUUGAAUCCCAGAACCUCAAUUUGACCAGAACUGCUGAGCAGCUGUCUCUCACGAUGGGGGAGCUGGUGAGUCAGAGGCAGAAGAUGAGAGAGGAGCGUGAGAGACUGCAGGCCCAGCUUGAGCACUUCAGACGGUGUCUAACACUCCCCUCCAUCCACUGGGGCAGGGGGCAAGUGAGCCAGCACACUCCCAGGUGACCACACCAGACGAAGGAGAGCGACAGGAGCAGCGCGGCUGCAGUGAGACCACUCUGCACUGGAAGCACUUGAAGAAGCCAAUCCACGUCUUGAUCCGUGCUGGACCAUCGGCGUUAAGCUACCUGGCUGGUUCCAGAAUCUCCUUAUUUAUGAAACUCUUUUCCAUCCGGUGGCUGUUUGAAUCAGGACGGUGCAGUUCUGCAUCUUCAGAGGACCGAAAAUAUUGGAUGUGAUGUGGUCAACCACUCAGAGAACCUGGGUCAAGAAAUCAAAGCACACCUCAGGCCUUAAACUUGAAAGGAUGCACUUGAACUAAAACAUGAGAUAAUACUUGACAGUCCUGCGCGGUAUUUUUGAUGUAGUCUUCACUACGAUCAGGCUAUUUGUGUGUUCAGAAACCGUACAGAGAAGAUACACUCUGACAUGUGCUCUUUGUGAUAGAGGAAGAUUUUUGUAUGGUUUUUACUGUCGACUGUGGGAAGCCAUAAGCUUUGUUUGAAAUGCUGCUGGUCAGAAGAAUAUAACAUGUUAGGAAGAUGAAGGACAAAAACUGUAUUGGUGAAGACUAAAGGUUUAUUUUCAAGACAACAUGGUGAAUGUCUGACUUGGUCUCAUGUCAACACUUCAGAACAGUCGAGCACACGUCAACACGCCUCUUAAACGGAUGUUAAUGCUCACGAUGCCAUUCUUCACUACUAAGAUGAAAUUACAAAAUCAUCCUGGCUUUAAAGAGAAACAAAUCUAGCGUGUUUAUCUAGUCAUGCAAUGUCUUUUAUUGUUUUUUUUUUGUAGGGAGUCCAAAUUGUAAUUCUUUCUAAUCAAAUCCAAACAGCUCUUUGCCUCAAGCACAAGCUUUAAUGACGGCGUUCCCACUCACCUGACUCAUCGGGUCAGCCAUGACAGACAUGGCUGUGAACCCUGCUGUUUUGAUCCACUCACUUGUUAUGUAUAGCCGUUGCGAUGGAUUAUUUAUUGAUAUAUAUUAAUGUACAUUCAUUUGGAAUUUUACAUUAAAAUAUUUGUUGAAAAACCUGUUUUUA